UUCAUCCCGUUUCUUGCGCGACCAAGAGGGCGAGAAUGCUUCCAUAUGGCAGAAAAUACAUUUUUUCUAUUCCUAAUUGGACUGGAAAAUAUAAAAAAUUUCAACGAGCUUCUGUGUCGUCUUUCCUCAAAUGGCCCAACCCGUUUGGCUUAAGAAAGGAUGAUCAACUGGAACAAACGACUGCACUUAAACAAGGAACGCCUGGUACAUCUGAAUACUACGUCCCUCAAAAAUUUGUUCCUAUGACAAGAAAAGCUCUUAUAAGGCGAAUAGUAGAAGACGAGAACCUGAUAAACUCGAAUGACAGAAGUUACUUUCAAAAUCUUGCAGUGAACUUGGACAAUGCCAUAGCUGGGACGUUUCACGGAGUUCUUGGGGAGUUGAAGGCUUUGUAUGAUCCUUUGAACCCUGACAAAGAGACCUUAACGCUCCAUAAAACUUCCAAGAAGGAAAGACUUGACAAUGAAUUCUGGCUACUGGAAAAGUUAUCUCAACUGUUAGAAAAGGCUCACUUUUAUGAGUUACCUGUUGAAGAUGUGCGCAGUGCCUUAAAAGAACAUGAUGCCGGAGACGGUGUACUUGUCAGUGUUGACCCGAAGAAAUAUGAUGUUCUGCGGGUGUGGGUUGUUGGAAAAGAGUUUGAACCUGACAACACAGGUCAAUGGUACUCCAGAGUUGCCAGUAGAGUUGUUAAAAGGUUUAAACCACCGAUAAAGGCUGAGAGAUACAAGAGGGUGGUUAUCGCCAUUCGUGCUAAAAAGCAGAGUAAACUAAUGCUUAAGUCCUUCAAGGACAUUCGAUGUGCCAAUCUGGAGCAGUUACUUCCAGAAGGAAAAAUAAGGAUGACGAAGUUUGAUCAACGAGUAUUGGCAGCAACUUUGACUAUUGGUGCAGCAAGUGUAGUGAUAAAGCUUGUUUCUUUCCUGGCUGAUUACAAGAUAUCAUGGAUUUAUAUUGCCAUAUCUGUGGCAGGAGUUGUGGCUGCAAGAGCAUGGACGAUUUACAAAAACAAAAGGAAUUCUUAUCUUGUGCGCUUGUCACAGACCCUCUACUUUAAGGCCAUUGCAAACAAUCGUGCCUUAUUUACUUUGCUGGCUGACAGAGCUGAAGAUGAGGUGUUUAAGGGAACCCUUUUGGCAUACAGCUUCCUUCAAGCUCCUUUAAACUUAUCAGGUGGUGGUCACAGAACUGGGUUGCACUCUGAAGGAAUGACAGUUGGUGAGCUGAAGCAGCAUGUAGAGGAUUGGAUGAAUCUCAAGUUUCAAGUGACACUGAAAUAUGAUCCAUUAGAGCCUUUAAAACAACUGGAGAACUUAGGACUUCUUGUCACAAAACAGAGAGGUGAUCAACAGAUACUCAGCGUGCCAACUGUAUUUGAUGCAUUUAUGAAACUACCAAGUCCAAAAGCGCUCAUGAAGGAAGCCCUAGAGAGAACAGAAGAGCUGGACGUGGAUUUAACUGAGGCAACAACUGAAGAAGAAUUAGAGCAGAUACAAGACAAGCAGAGAGAAGAACUAGAGCAAAAGAAAAUGAUUUGGGAGUGACCAAGCAUGUUGAUCACAGAAUAUAGAGGAAACUAUUUCUGUCCUGUGAUUACAGAUGGACAACUGACUCUUACUACAUUCUCACUUGAUUUAUGGCUCAAAUUGGCUAAAGCAUCAGCAGUUGUGAUGUUCAACUCCUUAAUUCCUAUUGAGUGUCCAAGGUAAAGCAGAAUUGGUUUGGUUUUACUUCAUGGCACUCUAUGUUCAGUCUUAAAAACUUGCUUCCAUUGAGAUGCAGAACUAAAGCUUAUCACUGCUUGAUCCCCCACAUUUUCCUGACUGUGCCUCAUGCAUUAGCUUGUUUUUACUUUAACCCUUUAACUCCCAGAGGUGAUUAACAUCUAACUUCUCCCUUUAAUAUCCAUACUCUCUCCAGCAAACGGCUGACGAGAAUACUCAAACUUAUCAGGUAGAAGUUGUUGUCUUGAUCUAACAGUGAAUUCUUGUAGCUAAUUUACUAGGAAAUAUAUAGCAGCUGGAGGAGAGAAUUGACAAUCAGACAUUGAGAGUUACUGGGUUAAGUUAUUAUUGCCUCCUUGUGAUAUUUUCCUUUCUUCUGAUCAGCCACUGUGAAUAAUCUGGUUUUCGUUGUCAGACACUCAAUUGAAAUAAGCUUCAAAAUGUAUACCAUAUUAUCAAAGCCUAAAGUGGAUGGUCCUCUCAAAUCUUUUAACACAAAAAUUCAAUUUGUAAACAGGGCUUAAAGGGUAAAACCUCAUCAGAUAUAAUUUGUCGAUUGUUGUCAAUUUCUUAACAGAAUUGUAGCUUUUUCUUUAUGAUGUAAGAUUUGUUUUUAAUAAGGUG